AUGGAUUUUGUGAAAAAGAAGUUUCUAAACUGGCACAGUGGAAUAGAAAAAAAAAUUCCCUGUCACUUUUGCAGUGUCAAAUUAUCUGAUGAGAUUUAUUCAUGUGAUUUUGGUCAUGACGUAUGUCAGGCAUGCAAAACUGAUUCCUGCAUAGCUUGUAAAAAAUCAUCUUCGUUUUUUCGGAAUCAUAUUGCUGAAUUUUUAGUUUCACAAUUAAACAGUUUGAAGAGUGAUGUUGAGUUACUGGAUGAUUCUGUUAUCGCAGGAACAAAAUCCGAGUGUAAAAACCAAAUAAGUCAGACAAAAAUUGAAUGUAAAAAUCAAAUAAGUCAGACAAAAAUUGAAUCAAAAAGUAAAUUCAGUCAGACACAAAAUGAGCAAGAUAAUAAAAUCAAUCUGGCAGCUAAAAAUGUUGACGAGUCUAUCGAGAAUAAAUCUUUGACCGUUGAAAAAUCAGAAGAUGAGCCGAAAAAUAAAAAUGACAAUCCAUCAAAUUUUUUUGGUAUAUAUCAAUGCUGGAUUGGCCGUGAUUGCUACCUCAAAGGAAAUCAAGCUUCAAUUUUAGCUCACAUAAAAAAUCAACAUCCUCAAGAAUUUACUUCACAACCUUUCAAAGGCUGGCCACACGUAGUAGCUUGGGAUUUAAAUUACAAUGGAGCUAAUACUCGCGAGGAUCGCGCUUUCGAGAUUCAAGGUGUUGGAUUGUUUGUCCUGCAUAUAUUUGUGACCCACGAGCAACAUCUAAAAGCUCAUGUUUUAAUGUUUGAUGGUGGCAGAACAGCUGCUCAAUAUCGAUAUGAAGUGGAGAUAAAAUGUGACGAUAAUAAAAAAUCAUUCAGCGCUGCAGUUGACAGUAGCAGAUUGCCAAGAAAAGCUCUUCACGAUCGUAGCAAAGGAUUAUUUAUCAAUGAAAAUUCGAUGUUACAAAGCACGAUUAAAAUGAAAAUGAAGUAUAGGUGCACAGUUCAAAUAAUGAAAAUUAAUGACACUAAUGAGAAAAAAAUUCUGGAUAAUUUUGAGAGUCCAGAGGUUGAAACUAAAGUGAGGGAUCAUAAAAAUCCGAAAACUUUGAACAAAAAGCAAUUCAAGCCAAUGCGAAAAAAUGCAAAUCAAUUUAAAGAUAAGUCUAAGCCAGGAUUGUUGGAUCUUAGGAAUGUCAAGAUUGCAGAUUGCUCAUCAUUAUCAGAGACCACUGUUCCUCCUGUUCAUCUUCGUAAAAAUAAUCCAUUCAGUGUACCAGGAAAUUCUCAGCUGUAUCCUAAUCUUCAGAAAGAGUUCAACUACCAACAAAUGCCGCCUCAGAAUCCUCAUAUGGCGAACAAUAAUUUUAAUAUGAAUAUGCAGCAGCCUAUGAACGUUCAACCAGGUCCGUUUUAUCCCCAGCCACCUGUCUCUUUCAAUGAGCAUUAUCAACGCAAUGCACCACCGCCUGCACCUCCGUCUGCUCCUCAUAUAGACAUGGAAAGUAAUUUUCAUCUACCGAACAAACCUGGAAAUUUUACUGCAGCUAAUUUAGAGAGGCAGAAAUUGAUUCAGCGCCAGAUUGAAGAACAAGAAAAAGAUCGCUCUAGAUUAACGAAAAAUAAUAUACAACCCUGA